AUGUUAAAAUUUCUUGAUAAUAGAGAUCCUCCUAGAUUUAAAAGAGGUUAGGAUUUUAUGCGUUUUGAAAGCAAUAGUCAUCUUCCUAAUAAUAAAUAAUUUAAUAGUCCUCUUCAUUAAGAUGUACUUAUUCAUCAUGAUAAACCUCAAAAUUAUGUAACGAAAAAAUUGCCUCCUGUUUCUAUUUAUAAUCCCUUAGUCUAAUUAACAGACUAAGUAUAUAGACCAGAAUAUAUUAUCAAAUAAAAAGAAAUUUAUCAUCCUCGUUAUAUGGAAGAAUAUUAAAGAAAAGGAUUCAAAAAAAAGUAAGGGAUUUUUGAAUCAUUCUAACAUCUUCUUAAUAAGAACUAAAUUCUUAUUGAAGGAGUCCAUUCUGAUAAGAAACCAUUAUCAUUUCCAGCAAUUAGAGAAUAAUAUAAAAAGAUUUUUAAAUCAUUGAAUUUAGAAAAAUAACUUUCUUCCAGGAGCUAAGAUAGCUCAAAAUUAGAUAAAAGCAAUUAAGACACUAACAGAUCCUAUAUAAAUAGUUUUAAUAAGAAUUACAAUUAUAAUGUAUCAGAAUAAAGUAAAUUAAGGACUGAGAAUAAGAGCAUUUAAGUAAGUUUAGAAAAAAUGAAUGUUUAAAAGAAAACAGAAUAAUCUAAAGAAUUUCAACCUAAAAUAUUACAUUCAUAUUUGAUAAGAUAAGAAGAAGAGGCAGAGAAAGAAAGAUAGAUGCGUUAAUUAAGUAUUUUUGAUAAAAAGAUCAAAGAACUUAGAAUUCAUUAAGAAAAACAUGGUAAGAGAAAAAUGACAAUAGAAAAGAAAUCUGAUUGA